AUGGCUCAGGAGCGCAUCGCCGAGGGGCGCCGUCUGGGGGAGGAGGAUGAUGAUGACGAUGGAGCGGCCGUUAGAUUAGGGUUAGGGUCCCGCCAUCUGGCUGGGGGUCCCGAAAGCUUGCUUUCUGGGCCCUGGGGCCGACAACCUUUGGGUCCAGCCACUUCCCUGAUUGUAAAAUGCGGAGGUCCGAAACGGUUCCCUUUCUCCUGCGCGGUCGGAGAAGCGUUGCUCGCCGUCUCUCUUCCGGACACGGGAAAGAGCCAGAGCAUCUCACCUGCGGCUGUUUUUUGGGGUUUGUUUCAGAACAAAGUUGUGGAUCAGUGUGAAAAGCUGCAGAUGCAGAGUGCGGCCAUCGCCAAGUUCAUGGCCGAAGUGCUGGCGGAGAAGAAGCAGAGCGUGGUGAGUACGGCCAGCCACGCCCGGGAGGUCCUGAUCCGGCGCCUCAACCUGGUGAGGAGCGCCUGCGAGUCUGAGGAGCAGCGGCUGCUGGAGGCGGCCCACACGGAGGAGGAGCGGGCCCACCAGAGCAUCCUGACCCAGCAGGCCCAUUGGAAGGAGGCCCUUCAGAAGCUGGAGGCCCUCCGGACCUACCUGGUGGCCAUGAUCACGGCCACGGACGACCACGGCCUUGUGGCAGAGGAAGAAAUCUUGGAAAGGAUGGAAGAAGCCGAGGGGAUCCUGCAGCCCCAAGAGUCGGAGAAGUUAAACUUUAAUCCGCACUGCAUCCAGAGUCCACUGGUGAACCGGCUGUGGGCCUUAGCUGUUCUCUCCCAGGCGGCAGAUCACGUCCACAUUGAUGAGAAAACGGUCAGCCCCCUCCUGACGCUCUCCGAAGACAAGAAAACGCUAACCUUCAACCCCAGGAAGGCCCGGAAACAGCUGGACGGCCCGGCCCGCUUCGACCACUGGCCCAACGCCCUGGCCGAGGAAUCCUUCUGCGCCGGGGUCCACGCAUGGCGAGUCCGGGUGGCCGGGAGCGGCGCAUACAAGCUGGGGAUCGCGAGCGCCUCCCUGCAGCGCAAGGGUGCCGGCCCGGAAGCCCGGCUGGGCUACAACCCGGCCUCUUGGGUCUUCUCCCGCUACGACAAAGAGUUCCAGUUCUCCCACCGCGACUCCCACCAGACCGUGGAGCUCCUGAAGUGCCCGGCCGAAAUCGGGGUGCUGCUGGAUUUAGACGCCGGAGGACUCCUUUUCUACGACCCCGAUUCCUGCACGAUUCUGCACACGCACCGCGAGAACUUCACCGGCCCCCUCUACCCCGCGGUGGCCGUGGCGGAUCAGAGCAUCUCUCUGAUGUGAGGUGGGGGUCCCAGUGGAGUUGCAAUGGGAACGGGGCCUUAGGUGACAUCCGCCUUUUCUGAAAAGGAGGGAGCAUGGCCUGAACGUGGAUGGGCUCAAGUCCUCGCUCUUCCUUCCCCCAUAAGAUGGCACUAGGUUUGCAGGUCCCACGGUGCGUGUACCUAGGUGUGCAUGAGUGCACAAGCGAGUGAGCGAGCAAGAGGGGCGAGGGUCCCAAUGUGCAAAACCUUGCCUUAAAUAGCGGUGGUGCUCCGGAGGGGUAGACAAGGGUUGGUGGUGGGGAGUUGGUGGGGGGACACCUUUUCUGCGUCCCUUUGUGGACAGAAGAGCAGGGACGAGAAACUGAAAUUCCGCAUCCAGGACAGCCGGAUUAUUGCCACCCGAACAACUAUACCCGGGGCUGCGCCUUCUCUUGCUCUAAUCUGGCAGACGUAAUCUUUCAAAU